GUUCAUAAUACUCUUCUGACAUAUCCUACUCAUCAUAGAUCGACAGAUAUAUACAAAAAAAAAUAAAAGGAGUAGUCCUCUUAUUUUAUCUGUUGAUUAGGGUCGGAGGAAAGUCUUGUUGGGUUGGUUACCUACCUACGUUUUCCCUCCCACCCACCCCUUGCAUGCAUCCCAGUUGGGUACAGUGCCACGUCAGCAGCACCACGUCACAGUGCCAGAUCAGCAGUGCCACGUUACAGUGCCACGUCAGCAGUGCCACGUCACAGUGCCAGAUCAGCAGUGCCGUGUCAGCAGUGCCAGGUCACAGUGCCACGUCAGCAGUGCCACGUCACAGUGCCAGAUCAGCAGUGCCACGUCAGCAGUGCCAGGUCACAGUGCCACGUCAGCAGUGCCACGUCACAGUGCCAGAUCAGCAGUGCCAGGUCACAGUGCCACGUCAGACACAGUGCCACGUAAGCAGUGCCACAUCAGCAGUGCCACGUUUGACACAGAAGCAGUGCCACAUCAGCAGUGCCACGUCAGAAACAGUGCCACGUCAGACAAAGUGCCACGUCAGCAACACGACGGGCCUGCCAGGGCAACUGCCCAACGAGUCCCUUGCCGCCUACAAGCAGCGUUUCCACGCUCAGAUUGAGGCUGAGGAACAACGCCUGCUGGCAGCCGAGGCUGCCCGUGUACAGGCUGAAGAGGCAGCAGAAGCAGAACAGCUGCGGCUACAGGCCGAUGCAGACGCAGAUGCCCAGCCGCAAGGAAGCCCAGGAUCUGCUGCAGCGGCAUGAAGCCAACAGCAUCGACAGACUCAAGUUCUGGCACUUCGAACCGAACGGCGACGAGGCAACACCGGA